AUGUUCCCAGCCCGUCCUCCUGCAGAUCAAGAGCGCUUUCUUGGUUAUUUCCCUCAUAGUGGCCUUCACAACCAGCGAAUAGCAUUGGAGACAGCACUUCGACUGGCUGGAUAUCUGAAUCGGACUUUGCUCUUACCACCGCUCUAUAUGACUGAAAAGACUUUCAACAUUGGAUGGAUGCCACUUGAAGAAUUGGUUGAGAGAUGGGAGAGAAUGAACCAAGAAGAAUCAGAGUUCUGUAAAGAUAUUGAUGCCAAAGAUGUCAGGGCAAGGACCAACUUUACAGAGAAGGAAAUGAGGGGGGCACUAUACCACUCGGCCCCAAGCAAUAGGAGCGCAGAUAUGAAUUGUCGGAUUUAUCAUGCUUGGACAACCGUCCCUUGGACUUUUGUCUAUACUUUGCCCAAAGUCCUGAAGGGGUUGGCAACGAAUAUGACAUUAACAGCAUCCAUGGGGUUGGUGAAUGAUACUACACGGUUCGAUGCUAGAGUGUUGGAUGACUCCGAAUACGACUACAGGCACCACUCAGAGCCGCCAGCCAGUGUAGUGGAUAUCCUGGACGCAACAUAUACUGCAGAGGGCCACAUUCAAACCUGGAUUAAAUCCGCUAACAAAACACUGCCAAGGUUUUUAGGGUUACACCUUCGGACAUUCGACGGUGGAUUUGUAAAAGACGCCUCACAGAAUAUAGAGCUAAUGGCUGCUUGGGUUCGGGAGAUCGUCCAGAUGGAUAAAGCAAACCUGACCAAUACACAGCCACCAACAUCAGCAUCAGUAGCGUCAGUAACAAAGCCAGCUCUUGCACAGGAAUCGCCGUCGACACAUCGAUCACCGUCAGCUCCAGAAGUGAGGCAGCCUGCGUUUCUGGAUCUUUGCAGACAACAAUCUCAAGAAUCACACUUCAUCUUUUUAGCCACCGAUGUCCCUCAUCCACGCGAAUCCCCACUCCUUUCUGAUUUUUUGAAUGAAUUUCCGUGUACCAUGGUUUUGUCUGAUUUUCCUGAGGCAACGGCGAGGCUAGUGAGGAUUCAGAAUCCAUUCGACAACGUCCGCAUGUUGCCGUUCUUGAUCUUAUUGUUGGAUGCCAAUAUGGCCGCAAAAGGAAGACAGUUCCAUGGUACUGACAAGAGUACGUUUCAAGGUAUAUUGAAGAGCAUCUCUGGACAAAAUACCAUCCUGGCGUAG